CUAAGCAACUAUAUAAACCACCUCAACCCACAAACCAAAAUCACAAGUGCCCUAAACUAUCUCCUCUUAUUCUGCUACUAGCUAGCCGUUCAACUACAAUUGAUCCACACCGCUUUUUCAACUCAUCCUUGUCUCCAUAGAAGGGAAAAUGAGCCGACCAGGAGAUUGGAACUGCAGGUCAUGCCAGUAUCUGAACUUCCAAAGGAGGGACUCGUGCCAACGCUGCGGAGAGCCAAGACCAGGUGAUAGGGGAGAUUAUGGAGGUUUUAGUAGGGGUAGUUCAUCGUUCGGGUUUACUGGCCCGGAUGUUAGGCCUGGUGACUGGUACUGCACAAUUGGAAACUGCGGAGCACAUAACUUUGCCAGCCGCUCAAGCUGCUUCAAGUGCGGUGGGUUGAAGGACGAGUCAUCUGGCGGAUAUGAGGGCGAUAUGUCUCGUCCAAGGGGUUUUGGGUUCGGUAGUGGUGGCAGCAGUGGCAGUGGCCGCUCCGGGUGGAAAUCCGGUGACUGGAUUUGCAACAGGUCUGGCUGCAAUGAACACAACUUUGCAAGCAGGAUGGAGUGUUUCAGAUGCAAUGCGCCUAGGGACUCCGGCAACAAGUCUCCAUAUUCAUCAUAAGAUUUUCCCUUUUUGGGUAUGCAGUCCAUGGAGAGAAUCAAGAUGCACAUCUAGCUACUGAUCCCAAGUCGCUCUUUUUCGCUCCCAGUACUGGCAUCAAUCUUUCCUUUUUUUGCUUUUGUUUUGUUUUGCUUUGCUUUGUUUUGUUUUGCUUUUAUUUUGAGUAUUUAUCAUCUAGGGAGCUUUAGAUGAAUCAUGGUUGAAAGACCUAUGGUCCAAGAAGAGCUAAAUCAUUGAGCAUUUUGUGAGUUUCUUAUAUCAAGUACAGCCAUGUAGUGAUCUGUUGGUUUCAUUUAAUCUAAUAUUACUAGUGUCUGUGUUUGAGAUGGUUUGCAGCCUCU